AUGAGGGCCAAACUAGAUUUACAUGAUUUUAACACACUAUUUCAAACGAAUCAAAAGUUAACAGUUCAAAUUCCGUUCCAGUUAAACGAUGUAAUCGAUGAUAAACAAAUGGCGAUGUUAAAACAAUAUGAAAAUGAAUGUGGUUUAUCUCCGAUAGUAUUAUUCUUCGGCCAAAUGCCAAUAAUCGGUCAUUUAUCACAAAAAAGUUACGUUAAACCGUAUAUUGGCGAUACCAAACCGUUAGGUCUUUAUCUGAUAUUGCUUGGCAAUAGUGGAGCAAAUAAAAGUGGGCAUUAUAAUAAACUGAUUAUGGCAUUAAAGAAAACCGAAGACGCAUUCCCUGCAAAAUAUAAGCAUGACAAUAAUCGAAGUGUCAUUGAAAAUGUAACCACAGUGGCAAUAAUAAAAUCGGUAGGAACAGGUGAUAAAAUUGUGCCCUCCGAUGAAAUUGACACAACGCUGUCAAAACUUGGCAUUUUUGAUGGCGAAACACAAAACUCCACGAAAAACACCGAAGGAGCAACAACAUUAAUAAAUGGAUUCGAUGGAUGGUCGGAUUCAACACGAGCAACGGGAUGCGAACAAGAUCACAUACGAUCUGCCAAAUUGUCAUUACUUGGUUGUACGGUGGGAACCAAAUUUGGAAAAGUAUUGCAAAAAUGGUAUUCAGGAAGUGGCUUCGAAGGUACGGCUGUUUUUUCAGCAGCAUCUUUUAGUAUUUGCGUCUCAUUUCGUUUAGGCGUUUACAAUCGUUUCGUCUAUUUUUCAUACUCAGCCAUACCACCGAUUCGCCCACAAGAUUUAAAAAAGCACUUAGUUCAAAAGAAUAUUGCGUCGUUAACACAUUUAUUCUAUGUCAUUAAUUGUUUCGGCGAUAUUGAAUACCAAUUUGAACAAAAUGAAUAUGACAAUAAUCAAAAUAGAGCCAAUACUUAUGCUAUUCUUGAAGAUGUGAAAGAUGUUAUUAAUUUUGAUGAUGGUUUCUCGAAAAGCAAAAAGAUCGCUGCCGAUUUCAUUAUGAAAGCCCAAAAUUCAAUAGAGAAAUUGUUUACGUCGAAAGCCACACGUAAUGAUGAACAAAUGCCAAUUUUACUGAUCACUAAACAAACAUGUAUCAAAGCUUGGAAAAUUUAUGAACAUUUUUUUGAACAAUCAGUACAAUUGUUCAGUUUCGAUACUACCAAUGUUGAUAAUACCGUGAAACAAAACGUGAAAUUGAGAGAGCAACCACCCUCUAAAAUUCUUCAGUUACCCGUGAACUUUUUUACACGUACCACACUACAAGUAUCAGAUAAAGAAAAGCAAAUCAAGUCUUUAUUCAAGCAUGCUGGAAAACAUCUAAUUAACGAAUAUAUUGAGCAAUUAGUUACUGAUGGUUUGUUAAAAGAAGGAAAUUUUUUGGUUGAUGGACGCGGGAAAUCCAUGAUUUCAUGGAUGAAACUAAAACUGCCGGAUCCAACAGCACAACCAGAAGAACAUCAAAAAUUUCGAGAAAAAUUGGAAAAAUACGGUAUAUCAACUGUUGCAUAUGAAACAAUGUAUUCGUUAUACCAAAUACCAACAAGUACAUCACUUUCGUUUGAAGCACAACAGUUUUUGGAAUUAAAUCCAGCGUAUAGAGAAGACUGGGAAAAAUACGUCGACCAAAACCAAGAUUUUCAAUUACACAAACAACAAUCAAGUAGUAUACAAAUAACAACAUCAGCCACUGCUGCCGUCAGUAAGAAAACUACUUCCUCUCUUUUGGCCGACGUUUUAAAACUGUUAGGUGCGACAACACCAGCAAAUCAAAAUUCAGUGUGCGAUCUAGCUCAAAGCAGUGGAAUCCAACAUAAUCUGUUCCCAAAUUAUUCGUGUAAGUAG